CGUUUGAAAUACUUGAGGUUUUUGGAGCAGCCCUUACAGGUUGCUGAUAACAAUACCACAGUCUGGGUGAAUUAGGAAGAAAGGGGUUGAUUUGGGCUCAAGGUUCUGAAGGUCAGAGGUCGAGGGGCUGGAUCUGGGGAUGGCCUCUUGCUGGCAGGCUCCGUCCCGCCGCGUGCAUGUGUGUGUCAUCCAGUCUGCUCUUGUAAAGCCCCCAGGGUUCUGUCGCGAACCCUCCCCACCCCCACCAAUGACCUUAUCUAACCCUGCUCACCUCCAGACACCACAGUUGGAUCAAGUUUCUACUCCUUGAUAGCACCAUAAGCUCAAAUCCAGCCAUAGCAGCUUGUCAGGACCAUGAAUAGCAUCUUUCUUACGUCUCCUGGUGCGUGAGCCCUGGGAGAUAAUGUGGCUCACUUCUUACUGAGGGACAUCCCGGUCCCCGAACAUGGUGGGGGUGAGGUGACCUUCUAGCCCCUUCCAUGCCUUCCCAGUGCCAAGCCCUGUGUCUUCUACUCCUCUCUCUGGGUACUUUCCCCUAAGCAGUGUCCUUGCAGCUCGCCAUCGUUAACCUGACGUCCUGUCUGUGUGGGGCCUGUGUUUCUGAUGUAGCGUCCACGGCACGCCUGGCUUCUGAACGGGGCUCCCCACGUUCUCCUUGGGUUCUGUCCCUGUUCCUGCUGCGCUCUCUCUAACAUCGUCUGGCGGCUCUUGUGCAGCCCUGGCCUCAGUGCUGGGCUCACCUCACCCUCUCCUUUACCUGCAGCGCACUGCUCCGCUAACCCGUCCUCCACCGCUGGUGCCCGCCGCGGUUUUUGUUUGCUUUCAGCUGUUGCCCGCAGUUCCAAUCCUAACUGCCGUUACCCUGGAUUCUCAACUGGCUUGCCUGCCCUGAGUCUCCAGCUGCCCACCCUCUCUCACCUCCUGGCUCUUUCCUGGCAGCGGUAAAAGGGCUCAUGUAAUCAAAGAAGUUUCUUUGUUGUGUGUAUCUUUACAGAACACAACAGGAAUUGAAAAUGAAUCAGAACACUGCCGAGCCUGUGGCAGCCGCAGAGUCCCUGGCCGAGGUGCCUGAACAUGUGCUGCGAGGACUUCCCGAGGAAGUGAGGCUCUGCCCGUCUGCUGUGGACAAGAGCCGGAUCGGUGUCUGGGCCACUAAACCAAUUUUAAAAGGCAAAAAGUUUGGGCCAUUUGUUGGUGAUAAGAAAAAAAGAUCUCAGGUUAAGAAUAAUGUAUACAUGUGGGAGGUGUACUAUCCGAACCUGGGAUGGAUGUGCAUCGACGCCACCGACCCGGAGAAGGGCAACUGGCUGCGCUACGUGAACUGGGCUUGCUCGGGCGCCGAGCAGAACUUGUUUCCGCGGGCGCCGAGCAGAACUUGUUUCCGCUGGAGAUCAACAGAGCCAUCUACUACAAGACGUUGAAGCCAAUCGCGCCGGGCGAGGAGCUGCUGGUCUGGUACAAUGGGGAAGACAACCCCGAGAUAGCAGCUGCGAUUGAGGAAGAGCGAGCCAGCGCCCGGAGCAAGCGGAGCUCCCCGAAGAGCCGCAAAGGGAAGAAAAAGUCCCAGGAAAAUAAAAACAAAGGGAACAAAGCCCAAGACACACAGCUGAAGAGUAGUGAGCCGGACCCCAGCUCUGCAAGUAUGAGAGAUUCUGCGGAAGGGCCUAAAGAAGAGGAAGAGAAGCCGUCGGCCCCCGUGCUUGAGCCCCCAGCUGUCCUUGUGGAGGUGGCGUGUCACGAUGCGCUUCCAGAGCGAACCGGCCCUCCCCCUGCCCGGGAGCCGCAGCCAGAGCCGGACGGGAAACUAGAAGCCGCAAAUUGUGAUGUGCAGGAUUUGGAAGAAGAGGAGGAGGAGGAGGAGGAAGAGGAGGAGGAGGAGCUGGAGGAAGAGGGGGAGGAAGAAGCUGACAUGCCAAAUGAAAGUUCUGGGCAGGAGCCAGAGAUACGGUGUGAUGAGAAGCCAGAAGAUUUGUUAGAUGAACCAAAAAAUAGUUCAACAGAAACUCUUGAAGACUCUCCAGAGGCAACGCCCGUGAGCGGCAUCCCCGGAACUAGAGAAGAGGCCAAUGGUGACGUGCUGGAAGUGUUUAUGUUUCCAUGCCAGCACUGCGAGAGGAAGUUCACGACCAAGCAGGGCCUCGAGCGGCACAUGCACAUCCACUUGGCCACGGUCAGCCACGCCUUCAAGUGCAAGUACUGUGGGAAAGCCUUCGGCACGCAGAUCAACAGGCGGCGGCACGAGCGUCGCCACGAGGCCGGGCUCAAGCGGCAGCCCAGCCUGACGCCGCAGCCGCCGGAGGACCUGGCUGAUGGCAGAGGGUCCGGGGACGGUGCUGCUCCUACGGACGAGGCGCCUCCUCCCCGCCUGGGGCAGGACUGUCCCGUCUUGAACUCAGAAAAAGCUGCCCAAGAAACAGUGAGCUCUUCUGUUGUGGAAGAGAACGGGGAAGUUAAAGAACUGCAUCCAUGCAAAUACUGUAAGAAGGUUUUCGGAACUCACACCAAUAUGAGGCGGCAUCAGCGUCGGGUGCACGAGCGCCACCUGAUUCCCAAAGGCGUGCGGCGGAAAGGAGGCCUGGAGGAGCCGCAGCCUCCGGCCGAGCAGGCCCCGCCCACGCCCAGCGUCUACGUGCCGAGCACAGAGCCUGAGGAGGACGGGGAGGCGGACGACGUGUACAUCAUGGAUGUCUCCAGCAAUAUCUCUGAGAACUUGAACUACUACAUCGAUGGUAAGAUCCAGACCAGCAGCAGCACUAGCAACUGUGAUGUGAUCGAGAUGGAGGCGAACUCGGCAGAGCUGUACGGUAUAAACUGCCUGCUCACGCCCGUCACGGUGGAGAUCACGCAGAGCAUAAAGCCCACGCAGGUCCCCGUGACGGACGAUCUUUCUAAAGAGCCGUCCAGCAGCACGGCCUGUGAGUCCAAGAAGCGGAGGACCGCGAGCCCUCCGGUGCUACCCAAAAUCAAAGCCGAGACGGACGCCGAGCCCGUGGCCCCCUCGUGCUCCCUGACGCUGCCCCUCAGCGUGGCAACCACGGAGGCGGCGGCGGUGUCUUUCCAUAAAGAGAGAAGCGUGUACCUGUCGUCCAAGCUCAAGCAGCUGCUGCAGACUCAGGAGAAGCUGGCUCCCCCCGCCGGGAUUUCAGCCACAGAAAUCCCCAAAUUAGGCCCCAUCUGUGUGUCUGCCCCGGCGUCCAUGCUGCCCGUGAGCGCGAGUAGGUUUAAGAGGCGGACCAGCUCUCCUCCCAGUUCCCCACAGCACAGCCCGGCCCUUCGAGACUUCGGAAAGCCGGGCGAUGGCAAAGCCGUGUGGCCAGACGCCGUUCUGACGUCCAAAAAGUCCAAGCUGGAAGGUCGCAGCGACUCCCCUGCGUGGAGUUUGUCUGGGAGAGAGGAGAGAGAAGCCGGGAGCCCCCCGUGCUUUGAUGAGUACAAGAUCCCCAAGGAGUGGGCGGCCAGCUCCACUUUCAGCAAUGUGUGCAACCAGCAGCCACUGGACUUGUCCAGUGGCGUCAAACAGAAGGCCGACGGGGCGGGCAGGGCCCCAGUGCCGUGGGAAUCGGUGUUAGACCUCAGUGUGCAUAAAAAGCCUGGCAGUGACCCCGAAGGCAAGGAAUCCAAAGAAAACCACACGGUGCAGCCCACGUGCAGCGCCGCCCGGAAGAAGAAGCCCACCACCCGCAUGCUGCAGAGGGUCCUCCUCAACGAGUACAGUGGCGGUGACGCACCGGCAGACGGUGCUGCCGACGCCGCCAGGAGCCCGAGUCCCUGCAGAUCCCUCGGUGCCCAGCCAGACCCCGACCUCGGCCCUGACUCUGGCUUCUCUGCCCCUCCUGUUGAGCCCCCGCCUGACGUUUGUCCGUCGUCACCGGCCCUGCAGGCGUCCUCCCUGCCCUCGGGUCAGCUGCCGCCUCUCCUGACGCCCACAGCCCCCUCGUCCCCUCCGGCCUGUCCUCCCGUGUUAACCAUCGCCACUCCGCCCCCUCCCCUCCUUCCCACCGUCCCCCUCCCAGCCGCCCCUUCCAGUGCCUCUCCUCACCCGUGCCCCUCCCCGCUCUCGAGCGCCACCACACAGUCUCCACUGCCUGUCCUGUCCCCGACAGUGUCACCCUCGCCUUCCCCCGUCCCCGCCGCGGGGCCUCUCAUGUCUGCCGCAUCACCCGGGCCUCCCACGCUCUCCUCUUCCUCGUCUUCCUCCUCAUCCUUCUCUUCCUCGUCUUCCUCUUCUUCCUCCUCUUCCCCUUCCCCACCACCUCUCUCGGCCGUGUCGUCUGUUGUUUCCUCUGGUGAUAACCUGGAGGCUUCUCUCCCCCUGAUAACUCUCAAACAGGAGGACCUGGAGGGUGCAGGUCCGAGACCCCGGGAGGAGCCGCAGGCCGCCCCGGAGCAGACAUUCAACCGAAGCUUUGUCUGCAAUGUCUGCGGAUCGCCUUUUCUCUCCAUCAAGGACCUCACCAAGCAUUUAUCUGUCCAUGCUGAAGAGUGGCCCUUCAAAUGUGAAUUUUGUGUGCAGCUUUUUAAGGAUAAAGCGGAUCUGUCCGAGCACCGCCUCCUGCUCCAUGGAGUUGGGAAUAUCUUUGUGUGCUCCGUUUGUAAAAAGGAGUUUGCGUUCUUGUGCAAUCUGCAGCAGCACCAGCGGGACCUGCACCCGGAUGAGGUGUGCACGCACCACGAGUUUGCAAGUGGGACCCUGCGGCCGCACAACUUCACGGACCCCAGCAAGGCCCACGCGGAGCACAUGCGGAGCCUGCCCGAGGAGCCCUCGGCCGCCGCCAAGGAGGAGGAGGAGGAGGAGCUGAACGAUUCCUCGGAGGAGCUGUACACCACCAUAAAGAUCAUGGCCUCCGGGAUCAAGACAAAGGACCCCGACGUGCGGCUGGGCCUCAACCAGCACUACCCCAGCUUCAAGCCGCCUCCCUUCCAGUACCACCACCGCAACCCCAUGGGCAUCGGCGUGACGGCCACCAACUUCACCACGCACAACAUCCCGCAGACGUUCACCACGGCCAUCCGCUGCACCAAGUGUGGCAAAGGCGUCGACAACAUGCCCGAGCUGCACAAGCACAUCCUGGCCUGUGCCUCCGCGAGUGACAGGAAGAGGUACACCCCGAAGAAGAACCCCGUGCCCUUGAAACAGACCGUGCAGCCCAAGAACGGCGUGGUCGUGUUGGACCACCCUGGCAAAAAUGCCUUCCGGCGCAUGGGGCAGCCCAAGAGGCUGAACUUCAGCGUGGAGCUCAGCAAGGUGGCCUCCAGCAAGCUCAAGCUGAACGCGCUGAAGAGGAAGAACCAGCUGGUGCAGAAAGCCAUCCUGCAGAAGAACAAGUCGGCCAGGCAGAAGGCCGACCUGGAGGGCGGCGCCGAGCCGGCCGCCCACGUGUGCCCCUACUGCAGCCGCGAGUUCACCUACGUCGGAAGCCUGAACAAGCACGCCGCCUUCAGCUGCCCCAAAAAACCCCUCUCUCCCUCCAAAAAAAAAGCUUCCCAUGCCUCCAAGAAAGGCGGCCACUCGUCCCCCGCAGGGGCUGACAAGGGCGGCGGCAGCCACCGCCGACGGACAGCAGACGCGGAGAUCAAGAUGCAGAGCACGCAGACGCCUCUGGGCAAGACGCGUGCUCGCAGCUCGGGGCCCGCCCAAGCGCCGCUGCCCUCCUCGUCCUUCCGGGCCAAGCAGAACGUCAAGUUCGCCACUUCCGUGAAGUCCAAGAAGCCGACCUCCUCAUCUUUAAGGAACUCCAGCCCGAUAAGGAUGGCUAAGAUAAGCCACGUGGAAGCCAGAAAACCCAGGGCCGUGGCCAAGAAUCACUCUGCUCAGCUCUCCAGCAAGGCGUCCCGCAGCCUGCACGCGAGGGCGCAGAAAAGCAGAGCUGUGCUGCAAAGCGAAUCCGCCCUGGCGAGUAAGAAAAGAACAGACCGCUUCGCUGUAAAAUGCAGAGAGCGGAGCGGGGGGCCCAUCACCAGGAGCCUGCAGCUGGCGGCUGCCGCCGACUCCGGUGACGGCAGGAGAGAGGACGGCAGCGCCAGGCAGGAGCUGAAGGACUUCAGCACCGGAAGUGACUUGGAAUCAGUGAAGCCAAAGGGACCGGCAGGCUGCCCUGCAGGGAGUACCGACCUACCCCAGCUGUGCGUGUGCGUGUGCGUGUGUGCGUGUGGUCUCUGUGCUGACCUCUCAGCCGUGCACGUGUGCGUGGGUGUGCGUGGGUGCGCGUGUGCGUGGGUGCGUGGGUGCGUGGUCUUCGAAGGGUCCUGAGCCCUGGGAGGCAGGAAGGUGACCGGCCUCUAGGGAGACCCCGGGGGCUGUGCGCUGCAGCUCUGCCUCCCGUCAGGGCGGGGCCUCUCCUACUAUGCAAUUUUUCAAGAGCUCCUCGACCUUGCUUUUUGCUUCUCAAGUUAUGUUUCGCCACUGCAGGGACUCCGGUCCAGCACUGGGGGUCAGCUUCAGGCCUGUCCCAGGAAGACCUCCCAGCCUUUCCAAGGCGGCCAAUCCCCAGGGCCCCCUCCCUCUCCCUGCAGCACCCCUGGGAGUCAGCACGCCACUGCGGCCGAGUCCACACCCUUGGUCUGAGCCCUUGGAAACCCCGUCAGCUGCCCAAGCAACCCGAGCUGCUGGCUCUUGGGUCAUUUCCAGAUUUGAAAUUCUAGUCGGUUCCUCGCUCUUGAAUCUUUGCAGAGAACCCCUAAAUGAGCAGGUGCAUCCGUGAACAAGAUCUCAUUGCUGUUCACCUGGGGGAGGGGGCAUCUCCUGGGCCAUCGCUUGGCCAUCUGGGUCGGACACCUGUGAGUGAGCCUUGGAAAGCAACCGCAAAGGGAAGCAGCUAGAACAGGGAAAUGAGAAACUUGGGAGGACUCAAAGCACAGGGGGAGGAAGAUGGUGGCCACCUGUGGCCGCCACGUGUGGCCUGCCUGGGAGGGACAGGCGGGGCCCUGCGCUCUGGCGUGUCUGAGAGACACAGGCGCGCUGAGCUGAGUCCGGAUCCAGUGCAGUGAGGUCCGUGGGUUUUGUGCCUUUGGGGCAGACCCCAGCGAGGAUGUCCGAGACCACUUUGGGGCUGUCUUCUCAGCGCCGUCCUCGGUGACUUGCGAAGCCCAGCGUGGGAGGGGGGGACCCGGGGGGAGCAGGAGUUCCCACGCGCAGAAGGGAUGCUUUUCUUUCAGGGCUACUACGGUUGAUCCCACAACUCUGUAAAUAUGUACGUAGACACUUUUCAAAGCACGUAUUUAUGUCCCCCACUGUAAAUGCCCCCUUUAUAAAGUUUUAUAACUUGUGUUAUUUAAUGAAUUGGUCGACUGGCUGCAGAGUGGGGUCUGUCAUGGUCCAGGACGAGGGACGCGUGGGAUUCCCACGUGGGCAGAGAGGUACACGCGUCUUUCGCCGGCGUCGCCGUCCUCCUGGGUCCUGCUCCGCUCAGAACCGCUGUUGGUUUUUCUGUCACAAACUGAAAUCGCUGGGCCCACUGCUCCCGUCCACCUCGCAGGCGUGGAAGGUGCUGGCCGCUCCUGCCCCCGCCAUAUGAUUCCGAGCCGGACACGUCCACCCUCACUGUCCUGGAAGGCGUCUCCCCUGUCAGCACCAAGGAAAGCUCCCGGACCCAAAGCCUGCCGGGGUCACCGUUGUUCGGCCAGAGGCGAACCCGGGAAGAUGGCGCGGGGGGCACUGUGUCCUGCGUGUGCAGAUGUGGUGGCCGCCCUCGCCCCCGGCCCAGGAGCUCCGUGGGACUGGUGACAGUGGGAUGGGGUGUGGGGGUUGUGGGAGAAGACGGCGCUCACUGUGUCUGCCAUGUGAAGAGAUGAACAAUAAAAGCGUGGAGAGAGACUGCAAGGAA